AUGGCCGAACACGCGACAUCGGCAACAGCAGCGGAAAUGAAGAUAUCUGUUUGUGCGUACCAGACCACGUUAACGAUUCCUGAUCGGCCCAGCUUGCCGGACUUCUUGUUCCAUUUUACUCGUCUCACUCAGUCAAUGAUGAUCUGGAUCGGCACCGUUUCAAAUUCAAGUGAUCAUUCGGCCGGCCAUUGUGCAGUUGAUACCUGCUUGGCCAAAGAUUGGUCUUGUGCUGUUCCUCCUUCAACAUCUUUCCCGGCAAUCUCAACUCGCUUGAAUUCGUCUAAUCCGACAGACGGAUUCAGUCAAGCAUUGGCCCAAAAAAUAGCUCAAAAGUUCAGAAUACAAGCGUUUGUCUCAAUCGAUCUUCCCGCUUCACUCCUCGGAUCGGAUUCGCAGAUCAAAUUCGCCCUCGAAAAACAGCUUUUUGGUCAUAUUCAAUCCUUAUUAUCAACAAAGACUUCACAGGAGCCUAAAGAGAAAACUUGUUGA